AUGAAAUUUUUUACAUUAUUUACAGUAUAUUUCACACUAUUUUGCAAUCGUUUUGACAUUAAUUUCAAUGAUUUAAUAAUUGUUUGGAUUUUGAUUUGAAUGUUAGGGAAAUGGAGACAAACAGACACUCAAACAGUGAUCACAAAUCAAAAACAUUGGUUUAUCUCUUAAUUGUCUUCAUUUUGACGAUUGUUUUGCUGUAUCUGACGAGAGGUGAAGACUUCGUCACAUUCUUCCUCAUCUUUGCCACUCUUAUGAUCAUUUCAUUUAUGGUCUUAUUUUGUGUCAAAUGUUGUUGUCGUCGACGACUCACCUCUGGAGCCAUUCUCAGCCCUCAUCUGGUGGUCACUCAAGUGGUUCCCAACAGUGGACACAACGGACACAACCGUCACAAUAGACAUCACUCAAUGCAGACCAACAAUCAUGUGGUCAUCGCUCAGACCAGACCUCAAAUGGUGUCACAAAUGAGACAAAACACGACACCAUUGAUGUCAUCGCCGCCGACAAUGAACGGCACCGAUGUCUUGGAGUCGACGGCAUUCACGCCUUGCAUACCCUCCGCUCCACCACUCGAUGUCCAACACUUAAGUCACAAUCAAACGCUUCCGACAUAUGAAGAGGCGAUUCAAUCCAAUUUACUUCAUUUGGCAGUUGUGGCCGAUAUUGAUACUCAAACGAUGACAAAUAUCUGUCAGUUUGUGGUCAAAAACUUUGGACUCGUGGGAAUCAAUAGUCGCAAUAAUUUACUGCAAACUCCUUUACACAUCGCUUCUUGCAUUGGAAACCAAAAUUUAGUCAAACUUUUGAUGGAUUUUGGCGCAGAUAUCAGUGCUGUCGACAGGAAUAUAGAAAAUGCAAUACAUUUGGCCGUCAAAUAUGGGAACAGUAAUUGUUUGGAAGCACUUGUGUCUAAAUGUAGUGAUAAUAACGCUUUGAAUGCAUUAAAUAUCAAUGGAUUAUCGCCUCUACAU